AUGCCGACACCAGACGAACAGAUUAAGCAACAACAAGAGAAGAAGUCUCGAGCUUCGGUCAUGCUCCAAAUUUGGCUGAAUGAACCGGAAGACGUCGUCUCUGCGACUGAUACAUGGUCCAGUCAACGAGCCCUUGCCAAACCGAGACGCCAUCUCGACUUCACCCAACCCUACCGACCGAAGAAUAAAGACACAGACACAGCACCGGCUGCCUAG